AUGCUUGCAGCAAGAGCGGCGGCGCUAUAUGCAGCAGACACAACCCUCCGAUGCGACGACCUGGCGCGAACCCUUGGUCUCUGGGGCUGCAUAAGAAGGCCAGACGUGACUGCGAAGGACUGCGACACGGACAGACUUCUGGGCAUCGCAUACUCCAUGACAGGCGAGGGCGUUGAUCCCAACAACCCCGCCAGCAGCAGCUUCCACAUCGACAGGGACACUGGCGAGAUAUUUGUUCUCAAGUGCGCUAGUGCUCUACGCAUGCUAGAGAAGCCGGAUGGUCAGUGGCGCGUUUGUGGAGACUACCGACGCCUUAAUGACCUGACACUUCCUGACCGCUAUCCAGUUCCUCAGAUAAAUGAUGUAAAUUCCAUCCUUGUGGGCAAUAAAAUAUUUUCUAAAGUCGAUCUCCUAAAGGCAUAUGGCCAAAUCCCACUAGCUGAAAGUGAUAAGGAAAAGAGUGCUUCACAGCACACCUUUUGGACUUUAUGA